UUCCCUCAUUCCCUACUAAGCACCAGUCAGCAUUUGUAACAACAGAAAAAACAUCCUUUCUUUGCAUAGUGCGGUCCAAAGGACUAUAACAAACCCUUCUGUGUGUGACGCAGCGCUGGGAUGAACGUGAGCGCUUCCUGCCCGCGUGCGACCAACGUCAUUCCACCAAGUCAGGACCCUUGUUGGUGGAGAAGAAUCGAGGAAGUCACUGAAAUGAAUCCCGUCACGUGGGCCUGAGCCUGUGGCCACUAGCCUGGACCUGCCCAACUCUGAUGCACAUGAGAUUUGGGGCUCAACAGGGAGGACACGCCUGACCGUAGAUACGGAGCAUUUGCGAGGGGUGUUUUGGGCCAGAAGUGCCAGAGGUGCCGGCCUUUCUGAUCUGAUGGCUUCAAUUGGUGGUGAGGGUUCAGGGCCGGGAGGACACAGACUCCACCUCGCUCAUGUGAUGGGCUUGUGCGAUCCUUGUGUCUUCCACCAAUCGGUUCGUGGCUGUGCCAAGGGCUCUCAGUGCGGUUUUUGCCAUUUGCCUCAUCAACACGACCCUGAUGGUGUGAGACCUAAAAAGACCAGGCGCCAACGGAUCAAGAAUGAAGUGUUGGAGCUGCUGGUUUCAAAAGGUCCCGAGGAUCUUCAUGCAGCCCUGCAGGAAGACGCCCGCAAACAUCCCUAUGUGCGCAGAGUGAUUGUGGGCCAGUUGAACAACGCGUCCUUUCUUCGCUCUGUCGGUACGGAGAAGGUUGUGUUUGCUCUGUGAGCUGACAUCUGACACCGCCCUGAGAUUUUUGACAACAGGAUAUCCUCCGAAUCAGGACCACUAUUUGAGCUCCGACGGUUUGGAGUCCUUGCUGUUUUUGAGGUGUACAAGGCACCGAGCAGUGGCACCACGAGGUAUGAGUGCUGUCACUGUGUCGCGGCCGAAGCUGUAUCUGUCCUGUGUUCUGGGAGCAGCGACCGAAACGGCCUAAGCUGCAUCUCAGUUACGCCUAUGUCACACGGACUGUGCGCUGGCAAAACC